GGAAGAACUUUUAUACAACUAACACAUUUAACCUAUUUGCGAUCAAGAUGAAGUCGUCAUUAGUUUUUGUUUUGGCUGUUUGCAUUUCUUACUCUAUUGCUUAUGAUCCAGUAUUCAGUGAGGUAAAUUAUAGAUAUGACAAUGAUUCGAUACCCGAGAUGUUGCCGAGACAAAUGCUUGGAAAAAGUGACGAAGAAAUUGCAAAAGCUGUUUUUGAUGCAUACAAAAUUCAAAUAAAAAUAGUUUCUGAAUACAGUGGUCAUGUUUAUGAUCCCGCAGAUCCGUAUGGAUAUUUCAAAAAUGGAUAUCCCAUACCGAUUACACAAACUUAUGAUUCAGACGUCGAUUUAAUAUUCGAAAACAAUUUAGUCAGUGGAUUAACGGAAUACGACCAAAACGUUAUUAUUAUUAAAUGGGCACCUGAUCAGAUCGAAACUAAUGUCGAAUGGAAAGAGGCCAAUAUUAGAGGUAACUAUCAUUAUAUUAAUACCACACACUAUGAUGGAGGAAAUUAUCAUAUUCAAUUGGGAAACUUAAAAUACCGGGCAAACACGAAACUUACUGAAAACACCAUGAAUUAUCCAUCUUCAGUGCCAAGUUCAAGCAUUUCAUAUGAAAGUGUUAAAGCAUCAUUUUCAGGAAACCUUCCAGUUGUGACAAAUGUCAACGAUUUGAGCAACCUAAAAUUCUUCUUGGAAAAAAUUGCUUCUCAACACAUCGCUGAUGAUGUAGCGAAAUCGAUACAGCCUAACGUUUCUAUCGCAGUUCGACAAGCGAUUAGACCUUACAUUAUGUACAAGAAUGUAUCAGACCCACACUUCAAAGGAUUUAAUACCAGUAUGCCUUCGGGUAUACAAAUCCAAGUCGAUGACGUUUUCACUAAUGGUUUGAACCAAACCCUUCAAAGAGUAAGAAAUAUGACUGUUGACAUGGCUAAUAAAAAAUUGAUCGCAACACUGGAGAUGAAUAUGCAUGAUUUGAGCGGAACUUUCCGAGUACAGCUCACCAAGAACAACAAACUGUACACGGAUUACGCUUAUUUUGAAAUCGGAAAUGCCAAUGUAAUUCCAGUUAGCAAUAUGUUCCAGCGUGAUGAUUGUUAUGCAGAUGCCGAAGUUAAAAACAUCAAAGUUGUGAUUGACCCUGCAAAAUUCAACUUGUCCAAAGAUGAGGAGAUUGAAGUAAACAAAGUUUUAGUGACCGAAUUUCAUAACACCCUCGUGAAAAAAUUUAAGAAUACUACUUGUAUAGCUUUGGCUGAUAUGCUUAACUCCAAAGCUAGAGACUUCUAAUUAGAAAUAUACAUCUAUCACAAAUAUUUUUAAAAAUACAUAUCCGUCUAUUUAACA